AUGUUCGGUGGAGGUAUGUCACAGCAGCAGUUCGGCGCACCCCAGGCGCCACCGGCAAUUACCCAGCAGAAGGUAGAGGCAGAGUGGAAGUUGGUGCUCGUGGGCGAUGGCGGUGUGGGAAAAACGACACUUGUGAAGCGACAUCUUACUGGUACUAUUCAAGACGCUUGUGAAGCGACAUCUUACUGGUCGUACUUUUUUUCUAAGGGAGGAGCGUGCAGGUGCUAUGUGCCUAUUAGGGGUGCGCAGAAAAUAGAACUAUAUCUUCUUUUCUAGUAAAUGGUCUUAUGAUCUAUAGUAUAUUUUGUUUCUUUCUAUUAACUUUCCCAUUAUUUUUAUGCCAACAUAGGUGAGUUCGAGAAGAAGUAUAUUCCCACAUUGGGAGUUGAGGUGCAUCCUUUGAAAUUUGCGACGAACUGUGGCGUUAUCUGCUUCAAUGUGUGGGAUACAGCAGGCCAAGAAAAGAUGGGCGGAUUAAGAGAUGGGUACUGACUUAUGUCGAUAUAGGGAUACUAGAUGGGUAUUUCUUGGUGGAUAAAUGGAUUGAGAGUUGUGGUAAGGAGAAUAGGUGAACCCGCCUAAACCAGCCAUAGCCUUUUCCUAGAAGCAUGUCGAUCCUUUACUAGUUGUUCAUCACUACCGGCAUUUCUAUUUCAUCAACAACGUAAAAGAGGUGAUUGAUUUGUGAAAAAAACAGGUACUACAUCCAGGGAGAGUGCGCAAUUAUCAUGUUCGACGUGACCUCGCGAAUUACGUACAAGAGCGUCCCGGAAUGGUAAAUUUCCUAAGUCUUAGAUUAUCCUCCAACUGGUUAUGUCUUUUGUCUUCCUAAAUGUAUGUAAGCUUCUGCCUAUCUUGAUCAAGCAACGCAAUAUCUUCAUCUUCACAAAUCAAUCAAUCCAUUUUUGGAGAAUCCCUUCCAGAAAAAAGUAAGUACUAUGCAGAUCGCUUUUUUUUCUUUCCGCGUGAUCCAGGUACAAGGACAUCGUGCGAGUCUGCGAGAAUAUCCCGAUCGUAUUGGUCGGAAACAAGGUCGAUGUCAAGGACAGGCAAGUCAAGGCACGAAACAUCCAGUUCCACAGAAAGCGAAAUCUUCAGUAAUAUUUUUAGACUUUCUUUUGGCUUAACGAUUUUUAGCUACAAAGGUCUAAAACACUUUCAUCUAUACCUGCUUUUCUACCUUCUCAACCUCCUGAAACACUUUUCUGUUUAUACUUACCUUCAAACCACUCUCCACCAUACAACUGCCUUUAAACAACAAUUUUACAACAACAACAACAACAACAACCUCCAUCUCGGUUCCAACAUCACAACCAACCAAGGUACUACGAUCUCUCUGCGCGAUCGAACUUCAACUUCGAGAAGCCAUUCUUGUGGCUGGCGCGAAGGCUGAGUAGCAACAAAGACCUUAUCUUCGUGGAGGAGGUUGCGAAACCACCCAUCGUCCAAAUCAACCAAGAGGAUAUCGCACGUCUUCAGGCAGAUGCACUGGAGGCAGCCAACGUGCCGAUCGACGACGAAGAUGACGACGACUUGUAGACGGUUUUUUUUUUCGGUUUUUCAUUGAAGACAAAGAACGAUGUUUGAUUGUUAUAAGGUUUAGGGACGUAUUUUAGGAGAAACUAGUCUUGAUGUCGUGAUCGUAAAUCUGAACUUGAUUCAAGGAGGAUGAAACCAAAUUCUCUUGAAAAAGUUGUCUGAAAAGAGGUAGAGCCGCAUUUCUACAGAAGGCGCGAGAAGAACUGGUGUGGGAAGGACUGUCUGGGAGAAGUGCGUGGUGAGCUUCUUUUCCUGUAUGUUAGGCCUUCCGCCAUAGGAGGAAUUUUAUUAAGCCGAACCACACUGCUGCCUCUAUCAGAUGACAGGGUGGUGAACGACAUGAAUUUCCUCAUUAAAACGACCAUUUAUACGAGCAUGGCCACCUGAGCUUUUAUCGGAAUACGAGUUGUCUUGUUCGAGUGAAAUUAACUUGGUUUGACUGAGCUCCUAACAUUAAGUCAUCAAACUUCUACAUUUAGCGCAAAGAUGGUCAAUGGAUCCUAAGUCUUUUUUCCCGAAAUUUGCAUCAUAUAGAACCUACCUAAGCCUACGCUCUUGGUCGUUGAUUCGCUCUCAGAAAGCUUGACUACAUCUACAACGAACCCAAAAGAUCUUCCUUAUAUCACAAGUUAAAACUACUGUAUUUGCAUUUAUCGCGAGAUUUUUUAACAGAGAUGAGAAUAAGGAGUAGGGCCUAUCAAUGAAGCGCUGUGACCUUCGUACGGUCAUAUCAAUGAAGACUGGGCUUCUCAUGGGAAAUCCG